AUGGCCGAAGCAGCAGGCUCCAGCUCUCCCCAGAACGGCACCGACUCGGCUGCUGCGGACGACAAGCCGCGCUUGACCGAGGAGGAGAAGAAACAGAACCACAUCGCCUCGGAGCAGAAACGCCGCGAGGCCAUAAGGGCCGGGUUCGACCGCCUGUGCGACAUCGUGCCCGGCCUCGAGGGCCAGGGCCGGUCCGAGGGCCUCGUGCUCAAGAAGACGGUCGACUACAUGCGCGAGCAGAUGGAGGUGCGCCGGCAGCUGAUCCGCGACAAGGAGGCGCGCGGCGAGUAUGUCCCCGACGAGAUGCGCGAGCCCGUGCUGAUCCUCGAGAGGAUCGAGGCGAGGGAGGCGAGGGAGUCGGCGAUGAGGACAGAGGAGGAUGGGGAUUCAUGA